AAAGACGAUCGCCGAGGAGGAACAGGAACCCGAGAUCGCUGCUCUGUUUUUGGGUUUUCUGCCCAGAUUCUGCAGUGGGUUCUUGACCCUUUUACUUUGAUUCGGAUUUUGAUCUGGUUUUCACUCUCUCUCUCUGGAUUUACUGAGGAGGAGAGAAGGACGGAGAGACAGACGGGUUUUGGAUUAAGCCUGUACACAGGCAGAAAACUUUCUCCUUUCUCUUUGAUUUGGUGGUCAUGAUGCCUGAAGGAGGUUAUUAUUGCUCUAAGAAGACGGAUGAUAUCUGUGAUGAUGUUUGUGGCCAGAAAACUCGUGCUGCAUUAAGCAGACUACGCUGCUGUAUUCUACGAGGGUUGGAUUUGAAGACCUUCAUGCUUCUGUUAAUCUUGGUUCCAACAUGCGUCUUUGUUGGCUAUUUGCAUGGGCAGAAGAUCACAUACUUCCUACGGCCAUUAUGGGAAUCUCCACCCAAAGCCUUCAAUGACAUCCCUCAUUAUUAUCACGAGAAUGUCUCAAUGGAAAACCUCUGCAAACUUCACGGAUGGGGAAUUCGCGAGUCCCCCAGACGUGUAUAUGAUGCGGUUCUGUUCAGCAACGAGGUAGAUAUGCUUACAAUUAGAUGGAAGGAGCUGUACCCAUACAUCACACAGUUUGUUCUGCUAGAAUCGAAUUCAACCUUCACUGGCUUGCCAAAGCCUCUCGUUUUUGCAAGCCACCGAGAUCAGUUCAAAUUUGUUGAGCCUCGGCUAACCUAUGGGACCAUUGGAGGGAGAUCAAGGAGAGGGGAGAACCCUUUUAUUGAGGAAGCAUACCAGCGAGUGGCACUUGAUCAGUUGCUCUUCAGAGUGGCUGGUAUAUCUGAUGAUGACUUGUUGAUAAUGUCAGAUGUUGAUGAGAUACCAAGCGGCCAUACAAUCAAUCUCUUGAGAUGGUGUGAUGAAAUCCCUUCUAUCCUUCAUCUUCGAUUGAAGAACUAUUUGUAUUCAUUCGAAUUUCUCCUUGAUAAUAAGAGUUGGAGAGCUUCAGUCCACAGGUAUCAAACUGGCAAGACAAGGUAUGCACAUUAUCGUCAGACCGAUGAUAUCUUGGCAGAUGCUGGGUGGCAUUGCAGCUUUUGCUUCCGCCGUAUCAGUGAUUUCAUAUUUAAGAUGAAAGCUUACAGCCAUUUUGAUCGAGUGAGGUUUUCUCAUUACCUAAAUCCGAAUAGGGUUCAGGAUGUAAUCUGCAAAGGGGCAGACCUGUUCGACAUGCUCCCUGAGGAGUACACAUUCAAGGAGAUCAUCGGAAAAUUGGGGCCGAUACCAUCUUCUCAUUCAGCAGUUCAUCUUCCUGCAUAUCUUUUGAACAAUGCAGAUAAAUAUAAAUUUCUCUUGCCUGGCAACUGCAAAAGAGAAAGUGGCUAAGUUUCUCAGUGAGGUUUUAGGUUCUACAUUGUAAAGUUUAAAGUGCAGCUCUUUUGACACCUCAGGAGGGGUUCUGUGGGGCAACUGAUGACUGGUCUGGCAUGAGAUUGAAAGUACAAUGUAUCCAUCAUUCUUUAGGGAGAAGUUAGGAGUGGGGGGGGGGGAUUGGAGUAGUUGGAUAUCUUGGGUGAAACAUUGUAUAUUUCCUCCCUUUUUUUUCCCCUAGUGUUGGGUUUCAUCCAAUUAAAGAGGCGAUGUGGAUAGAUCUCAUAUCGCUUCUUGUUGGUAUGACUUGAUCCCCCUAAUGCAGAACAGAUAGUGACAUUUCCCGAGCUUUUGUUGCUGGGAAUUUUGUUUUUCUUUAGACUAAUUUAUUCAUAUAUUCUUACAA